AACCGAUUGACAACUACUCCCUCCUGUUUCGUUCUCCAAGAGUUGCCCUAGCCCUGACUUCCCCCAAGUCCCUGAGUUUCGCAGCUGCCGUUGCGCCCUUUCCCUGCCCUACGACUUCCAACUUCGAACUCUUGUUAUAGAAUCGGCGCCGGAGGAGGUAAUCUCUCUCUCACAGCCAGCAUAAUCAGCAAAAUUUGGUCUUAAGGUUUUGAAGUUUUCUGUUUUUUUAGGGUUCAACAAAAUUCUCAGCCUUCUUUAAGACCAGGAGGAGGAUGAGACCAAUCUUGAUGAAAGGCCAUGAGAGGCCCUUAACAUUUCUCAAGUACAACAGAGAAGGUGAUCUUCUCUUCUCCUGUGCUAAAGAUCACACGCCCACAGUCUGGUUUGCCGAUAAUGGGGAGCGAUUGGGGACUUACAGAGGCCACAAUGGUGCUGUUUGGUGUUGUGAUGUAUCAAGGGAUUCGACGCGCCUCAUCACUGGAAGUGCGGAUCAGACAGCAAAGUUAUGGAAUGUUCAAACUGGGGCACAGAUUUACACAUUCAAUUUUGAUUCACCGGCAAGAGCAGUAGAUUUUUCGGUUGGUGAUAAGCUUGCUGUAAUCACCACCGACCCAUUUAUGGAACUUCCUUCGUCCAUUCUUGUCAAACGCAUUGCUAGAGACCCUGAAGAUCAAACUGGUGAAUCUGUGCUCACAAUCAAGGGACCUCAAGGGAGAAUUAAUAGAGCUGUAUGGGGACCCUUGAACCGGACCAUAAUAAGUGCUGGGGAAGAUGCAGUCGUCCGUAUAUGGGAUUCUGAGACAGGAAAACUGCUUAAGGAAUCAGACAAAGAAACUGGCCAUCAGAAGACAGUUUCAUCGUUGUCAAAAUCUGCAGAUGGUUCGCAUUUCCUUACUGGCUCCCUUGAUAAAUCUGCUAAGCUCUGGGACACAAGAACGUUGACCCUCAUCAAGACAUAUGUGACAGAGCGCCCGGUCAAUGCUGUUGCCAUCUCUCCACUUCUUGAUCAAGUGGUAAUGGGAGGUGGUCAAGAUGCAUCACAUGUCACAACUACUGAUCGCCGUGCUGGAAAAUUUGAGGCAAAAUUCUUUCACAAAAUUCUUCAAGAGGAAAUUGGCGGUGUAAAAGGGCAUUUUGGACCUAUAAAUGCUUUGGCAUUCAACCCUGAUGGAAGAAGUUUCUCAAGUGGAGGUGAAGAUGGCUACGUGAGGUUGCAUCACUUUGACCCGGAUUACUUCAAUAUCAAGAUGUAGCUUGCUAACAUACUUCAGUUGGAGCGAACUUUCCUCUUUAUUUCUCCUACUCACGCUUUCCUCAAAAAUUCUGUGCGUGUUUGGGAGUUUCUUAGAUUGGAUAAUGUGGUUGACAAGUCUUUUAUGUUAUUGGGUUGUAUUAUUGGGUUGUUGACUGUACCCAGUUCAAAAGUUUUGUGGAGAAGUAUCUGUAUCAGUGAAGCUUAAACUUUUCCAUUAA